AUUUUACUUUCUAUUCAUUUGCCAGGUUGGUUGAGCCCAAGGUUGAGUGCGGACCAAAAUGUGGAUGUGGGCCUAGUUGUGUCAAUCGGACCAGCCAACAUGGGCCUAGGUUUCGAUUUGAGGUCUUUAAGACUCCGAAAAAGGGUUGGGGUGUCAGAUCAUGGGAUUACAUUCCCUCUGGCCUCCUUAGGCGCACUGCAGAUUUGGACCCUUCAGCAGAUAACAGCUAUGUCUUUGACAUAUAUAGAUUGCAUUCAGACAAUGAAAGGUCUGGAUGGACGAGAGAGCCGGCUUGCUGAUAUGUCGUUGCCAUCUCACUUUCUAAAGUUUAAUGAAGAGGCAUCUGAAAAUGUUCCAUUUUGUAUUGAUGCCGGCAAAACGGGCAAUUUCGCUCGAUUCAUAAACCACAGCUGUCAACCUAACCUAUUUGUCCAAUGCAUGCUCUCGAGUCACCACGAUCUAAAGCAAGCCCGGAUUAUGCUGAUUGCAGCCCACAACAUACCGCCACUGAAGGUGCCUUUCUCUUCCUCCUUUACAUGCCUGUGUGAUUAUUAG